AAGCACUUGUAGAUGUCAGCGGUGUAUACCCCUCCGUCAGUUCCUAAAACGUUGCUAUAUUUGCAUUUUUUAAACCGAUAUGUAGAACUUCACGCAAAUUUCCUUCAUAGUUCAAAGCACGGUUUAAAAUAGUUUUUUUUUUCUGCGCGCGCGCGCGCGAGGAGGCAGUUGGUGUCCGUUGUGUAACAUACCAACCGACAUAUUCUUUAAAUUUGGGCUAAGCUAGCUAACAAAGUAUUUUCUCACCCACUAGCUGAGCUAACAACAACUUAUACAUUUACUUGAUAAAUUAUUUAGAUAUCUGUAUUUAUAUCUAAGAAGGAAAUGAGCGUAGUUGAGUCAUCCUUCAAUGUUGAAGAUGUCUUCAGGUUUCCACAGGCUCCUGGCAGGGAGAAAGACCUGAAAAUAGAAGAGCUGUUAAGCAAACUCAGAAAGUUACAACAAGUCAAGCUAGUCCUUGAAGAAGAGGUGAAGGAGGCCCUAUCACUGUGUAGCACUUUACGUGAUGAAGACAAUGCAUUGACUGCUGAGAUCUUACAGUUACAGGGAAUUUUGAGUGAAAAAGAAGAGACAUGCAGAUCUCUUCAGUUCAAAUUGGAGGACUUAGAACAAGAGUCACAGAAGCAGUCUGAACUGAAACAACAGAAAGAGGAACUUGUACAACAGUACAGCUGUCAGAUUCAGGAAACCAAACUGAGACACAGGAAAAUUCGGAUGAAGUUUGAAAAUCAACUGCAGCAGCUGAUUGGACAGCAUAAGAAUUUCUGCACUUUGUUUACUCCAGAGAGAAUCCCUACUGAGAUACAAUCUGCUGAAUAUGCCACAGAACAGUUGCUGAAAGCUGAGAAGCAAAAGGUGGAGCAGGUGGAAAAUUUACAGGAAGAGCUGAGUAAUGCCCAGAGCACAAACAUGCCUCAGGAUGCUAAGACAGCUGCAUGGUGAAUCUUUUUUUACAUGUUUCACGUACCUGAGAGAGUGUUCAUGAAGAAAUAGCCACACAUCUUCUCAGAAAAUGUAUUACUUACUCAGUAAAGCUGUACAGACUGUACUAAUAUUACAGAAAGGUUUAUCAGUACACUGGUUUAUUAAUUUUUUUCCUGUUGUUGUUCACAUGCCAAUGUUCACAGUUCUGGCUGAGCACAAGUGAAUAAAAAGUAAAAGGUACAAAACCA